CGCUAGAAAAAAGCAUCAGUGUAUUACUUGGUGCUCAAGAAAAGCGGGCUUGUCCCCGUCUAUAUGUGCUAACUCACAGAUUCAAGCUUUUCAUCGACACCAAAGAUGUUCGUCGGAGAGAUGUUUGCGCAGCUCGGAUCUGUGGCCGGCGGGGUCGUGCUCCUACGGGCAAUGCUCCAGCAAUACUUCCCUUCCCAACUCGGCCACCUCUUGGAGCGGCACUUCCGCAAGCUGAUGAGCUUCUUCCAUCCCUACGUCGAGAUCUCGUUCCCCGAGUUCACCGGCAAAUAUAUGAAGCGCAGCGAGGCCUUCACCGCCAUUCAAAGCUACCUCGCCGAGAACGCCACCUCCCGGGCCAAGAAGCUCAAAGCCGAUUCCGUCAGUGGCAAGCGGUCCCUCGUCCUGAGCAUGGACGACUACGAGGAGGUCGCCGACGAAUACAGCGGCGUGAACGUUACCUGGUUCUCGAACAAGAUCGUCCCCCUGAGCACGACGCUGUCAUUUUAUCCCAUGACCGAGAACCCACGGUGCUACAUUCUCACGUUCCACUGGCGCCAUAGGAGAUUGAUCACUCAAUCCUACAUCAACCACGUACUCACCCAAGGAAAGGCGAUCGCGAGCAGAAACCGGCUGCGGAAGCUCUACACGAACGAUCCGCAAGACUCCAUGUGGAUCCAUGCAGUUUUCGAGCACCCUGCUACGUUCGAGACCUUGGCCAUGCACCCGGACAAGAAGAGGGAAAUAAUGAAUGACCUCACGAAAUUCACCCAGAGGAAAGAGUACUACGCGAAGAUCGGCAAGGCCUGGAAGCGCGGGUAUCUGCUAUACGGUCCGCCCGGGACCGGUAAGUCCACCAUGGUUGCUGCGAUGGCUAACUUCUUGGACUACGACGUGUACGACCUAGAGCUCACGGCGGUUAAAGAUAACACGGAACUGAGGAGGCUUCUGAUCGAGACCUCGAGCAAGUCUAUCAUCGUGAUCGAGGACAUUGAUUGCUCGCUUGACCUCACGGGCCAGAGGAAGAGGGCGGAGGAGGGGGACGAUGACGACGGGGACGAGGAGGACGACAAGGACAGCAACCCCGUGAAGAAGAUGACAGGAAAAGAGAAGAAGAGCAGCAAGGUCACUUUGUCCGGUCUUCUUAAUUUCAUUGAUGGAAUUUGGUCCGCUUGUGGCGGGGAAAGAAUCAUAGUAUUUACGACUAAUCAAGUCGAUAAGCUCGAUCCUGCUCUUAUACGGAGAGGAAGGAUGGAUAAGCACAUCGAGAUGUCGUAUUGUUGCUUCGAAGCUUUCAAGGUCCUCGCGAGAAAUUAUCUAAAUAUCGAACACCAUCCGCUGUUCGAAACAAUCGGCAGGCUGUUCAGCGAGACCAACAUGACUACUGCCGAUGUCGCGGAAAACUUGACGCCUAAGUCUGACGAAGAAGAUGUGGAGGCUUGCUUGGGGAACUUGAUACAAGCGCUCGAAGCGGCGAAGAAGGAAGCGACGGAGAAAGCCGAGGAAGAAGCACCAGUGAAGGUGAAAAGGGAAGAGCGAGAGAAGAGAUUGAAGUGGUUGAGGGAAACUAAAAAGAAGGUGGAUCAUCUGCUAAAGAAGGGGAAUUGAGCUAAAAUAGGGAAGUGUUUAGUAGUCCAGAUGAAUAUUUCUCACCCUGUUAUUACUUUGAAUACAGUUCAUUCCAUUGCAGAUCGUCGAAUUCUCUGUUUGCUUCGUUUUUCUUAUCUGUCGGGAGUUCUGCUAAACAAUCGUGAGUCCUUCAAUUUCCUCGAACUACAUGGUCCUCCGAUUAAAUUUCGGUUCGAUCUCACGUUCUGAGUCUAUCUGUUCCAUCUGCAUCAUCUCUUUAUCUUUGUUU